AGAUAUUUCGUUUUAUCCAUAUCACAACGCGUCACUAGAGGACAACUAUCAUGGUGGACGAACAACUCAAAUCCGUGACCAGUGCAACCCGCCUAUCAGGCAUUCAUCGUCAAGCUUCCAUUUCGGUUCAUCUCAGAGGAAGUAAGCGGUCGGGAGGUUCACUGGCCAGAGCGUAUAAAUUGGCACAAUAUUAUCGCAUCAUACCCUGUCUGUAUUCUGAGCAAGUUUUUUGUUAUGCUGCUUGCCUACUGAAGUGGUUUCGGUUAGAGGCUAUGAGACAAGAAGCGUUAUCUGUCGUUAACAUCAAGGGUCAUCAUGGUGAGCGGCACACUACCCCCCUCGCUCCAACGCUCUCUAUGGCUGACUUGCAGUCGCAGAAAGCAGUUGACAUGGCUCCCAACGAAAAUGCGAGGCAACCUAUGGAUGUUUUCUUGGAGUCUCACAACGUGGACGACUAUGCAGCGUCACCAUCCGUUAUACCGGCUCUUCAGGAAUCCGAUAUGGAAUCGAAAACUACCACGCAGACGGAUGAGUCUGUGGUCGAAAAGAAACCGAAGAUAUCCAGUUCAGAAUCAGACGGUGACAGAACUUCUCCUACUUUGGCAGCUGAGCAGCGCACUGUACCGGAUCGACCAAUCUAUGGAGUCGUAAACAAGAGCAUUUUGACGAGAAUCAAUUAUGGUAACUCGCGUGAAAGAAGAGAUACAUACCGCUUGGCUUUCGGAGCAAUGAAAUACAUCGCAAUCAUCGAAAAGCUUUUGGAUGAGAUCGCAUUUUACUUGGAACAUGCACACCUAAAGGAUGAAGAACACCUCGUAUUGGUGCUGGUGUACGAUUAUACUAUACGUAACUUUCAGCGAAGGGUUCCGCUACCAGAUGAACGGCAGCUUCCGACACUAGAGAGGUAUAUGGAAUAUUUGCCAAGCGGCCGGCUUGUUUUACAUCCUCCUGGCACUGAAAUAUUCAAGAUGGUAGAGGAAGCGGUUCAAGCAAUGUGCAUGCGGUUGGCAGCGGCCGUGGCACGUGUACGGGUACGGAAUCAAGUUGGUUCACUGCGCCUUCUUUUGCCGGAAGAAUGGAGAAGUUCUGAGCAAAUGGCCGAAGUGAUGCCGACUUAUGGUUGGUAUAAUCAGUUGCUGGGAAAACAAGAUAUAGUUACUGGCUGGUUGAAGGAUCACGGGUUCCGUCGUAUCAUGGCUGGCCGAUCGCCACAGCCACUUGAAUAUGCUUCUGACAAACACUGUUCAGAUGUGUUUAUUUUCAACAAGGCGGAUGUUUCCAAUCUACUGGACUCCGAAAUAGUGCAACAAAAGAAUCUCGUGUUUCAGGAUAAAAGUAGUUGUCUUGGUGUCCACUGUUGUUUGGCCAACAUUGCCGGAGGAGAAGAGGUGAUGUUUGUCAACUGUAUCAACGUGUAUUCAGCCGUGCACAUGGAGGGUCUGAUUGGAAACAAAUUUCCCCUUAUCCAACCUGUGCCGCAGAUUCGCUGUGUGCGGGCUACAAAGGAAGACGAGGAUGUUCGCUUAGCCGCCAAAAUGGGAUCAAAGGGUUUGUCAAGUGUCCCAGCAAUGACUACUGUUGAAAAAUUGCCCCCCUGUAUUCCGGCGAAAACCGAUAGUUUGACCAGCCCAAGUUUAACAUCCCUGAGAUCCGUAUGCCUAAUUUUUCUGUUUGCAUUGCGCGGGUAAAUAGGCUGCGCUAUUGCAGUCAAGUCCCUCAACACUUAAUAAAUACGGAUGACUCUUGAGCGACAUGAUGAAAUGUUAUUUACGGCUAAUGUGACUGAUUUUAACUAAAUAAGC